AGCCUGAAUUCACUUGGUAUUACUUUUCUUGAACGGCCCCGUCACGAGCAGGUCCGUGGGCAGUACACGAUCGUGGGUGGCGUAAAGCAGUCUGCUGGACUGACGAACCCGCCGGUCUCCCAGCGUUCUCUCUCGAUCAACGGGGGUUCGGGCCAGGCGCCCCCUCCAGUUCCGCCCCACCAAUCCGGAGGCAAGCAAAUCUUCGGUUCCAUCACUCGUCGCUGGGACGGUCCUCCCAACAGUUCUGAGGCAGAACCGAAACCGGGCUUAAAUACGUUGUGCACAGUUGCGUUGGCCAUUCAGCAAAAACUGUCCAAAUUUAAGCACAUACUUGCUCGUUUGCAUGUCCUGGCUCGAGGUUUCCUGUCCACAAAUGGAGCUAUUUUGCGAGACAACGCUUCAGGAAAGCUGGACCACCACAAUUGGUUGCCUGAAAAGGGAGAUUCAUUUGAGACUUUGGCGCGGUUUUGCAAUGAUUAUGGCUUCUUUUUUCAACGAAACUCAGCUCUGCCAUCUCGGAUGGAAACGAAUUGCUCAAGUCGACAAAACCUGCGGGCAUCGCAAGAUGGGAAUAUUUUAAGCCCUCUCUGUGCCUGCAGUCGGAAAGCGUUGGGCAAGACGAAGUUGACCAACCAAACAUUUUAUUGCUAUCUGGUCCCUACUCAAGUCAAUUAA